AUGUUUAAAGGUCUAAGAACGCAGAGAACCAAAGAGAAGUUCGAGUUUCGGUUCCGCUUCCAUGCCACCAGGGUGCCCCUCACGGGGUUCGAGCAGCUCGUCGUGUCGCUCGUACCCACCGACACCAACCGCUCCGACGUGCACACGGAUUCAGCUACCGUGCGUAACGGAAUCUGUCGGUGGACUGAAACGGUGACGGAAGUCGUCAAGUUCACGCGCAACCCCAAAACGAAAACGUUCGAGGCCAAGGCGUAUCGGUUCGUGGUGUCCUCGGCGGCGGGCGCGGUGCUGGGGGAGGCGUCGCUGAACCUGACGGAGUUCAUCGGGUAUUCGCAGCUCGACCAGCGCGCGCUGCCGCUGCGAUCAUGCCCCUCCGGCUCCGUGCUCCAUGUCACGGUGCAAUGCUUCCCCAUGGAUCCCAGGGACGGCGACGACUCCGCCGACAGCGUCGCCGACACCCAUGCGACGCCUGCGACAGCGGCCGCUGGCGCCACCACAGCAGCAGGGGGAGUUGGGGGGGAGGGGAGGAAGAAGCGGUCGGGGGAGAAGGAAGGAAGCGCGCCGGUUGCUUCUUCCGCCAGUGCCGCUGCGGCCGCGACUAGCGGAAGCGGUGAUGGCCCCCCAGCAGUUAAUAAGUCCAGUGCGGAAGAUGCUCCGGCAGUCGCGGUAGGAAGGGGUGGCGCUGUGUCAGCACUGGCGGUGGCGUCCGCGAUUGGCGGCGGAGGAGGCGCAGAUGGUAGUGGCGGCGUGGUGAUGCUGAGAAGCACGGCGCACGGGGAGCAACGCAGGGAGGAGAGCGGGGAGAAGCGGAGAGAGCAGCAGGGGUGGGGCUGGGAGAGGAGCCAGGAGCAUAAGCGAGUGGGGCAGGAGCAGACGAGCAAGGAGCACGCGAAGCAGCAGCAGCAGCAACAGCAGCAGCAGGAGCAGCAGCAGGGGCAGCAGCGAGGGGAUGGUGGUCAUCACAGCGGCGGCAGCAAGGCGCAGUCGAGUUUCAUGUACCGCUUUGGCAACGCGGCGGCGGGCGCGAGAGGGGAGUCAAAAAGCUUCAAGGCACAGCCAGCAGCAGCGGGAAGCGAGCGGGCAGGGCUAGCGUCAGUGCUGCCGGCAGCAGGGGAAUUCGAGGAGGAACAGACGAACGUGACGUGCACCACGGGCGGCGGGGCCUCGGGCCCCACGUCCAUGCUCAUGGCCGCCAUGCUCUUCCGCCGCUCCUCCUCCUCCGCCUCCGCCUCCUCCGCCAGUCACGCCCUCCACGGCCUCGCCAGCAGCGGCGGAAGCGGCGGGUCGUUGUCGGGCCGGCGCGCUGCCGUGUCGCCUGGAAGGUCCCGCGGCCUGGCGUCCCCCGCCGCUCACGCUGGAGGAGCGGCGGGAGCGGCAGGAGCGGAGGAGGCGUUUCGGAAGCAGAGCGCGCAGGACUGGCGCAGGGACGUGGCGAGCGGACCCAUGGAGGUGGGCGGAGGCGGGCGGUUCAUUCCGGGCGCGGGGUGGCUGUGGGCUAAAGCAGGCGGUGAUGGCAAGGACAAGCAGAGGGAGCCGCAGCCUGGCGCGUUCUCAGAGGGGGACGGCUUCCCCGGUGGCGGCCCGGGCGCGUUCCCCGCGGGGUACCCGCCUGGGGCGGCGGGGGAUGCGCUGGGCGGAGGCGCGGGGUCCGGCAAUUUUGGGAACUACGCCGGGAUGGGAGGCAUGGGCGCAGGAGGCAUGGCCGCCAUCGAGGAGCUGCAGCGCGACUGCACGCACUACCAGCACGCGGUGCGCAACCUGAUGCGCGAGGUGGAGGUGCUGCGCGCGCAGCUGGCGGAGACAAUGACGCAGGACCGCGCGGUGGAGGUGGCGAUGGAGGCGCUGCGCGAGGAGCGCGACAAGCUCGUCGCGGAGGUGAAGCUGCUGCGCCAGCUGGUCGUCGCGGGGGGCGCGGGCGAGAACGGGUGCCUGGGGAUGGCCCCGCAUGACGGGGGAGGGGGAGCGGGGGGAGGAGGCGGGUUCGGAAGAGGCGCGGUGGGGCUGGGCGGGAUGAUCGGGGGGGGGCCCGGGGGAUUGGGCGCGGUGGCCGCGGCUGCGGCGGGGGUGGUGGGGGUGGACGGGCGGGAGGCGUUGGCGUGUGUUCUAAGCGACCUGGCGUUCCACAAGGGGUUGACGGAGAGUCUGGAGGCGCAGGUUGAGGAGCUGUCGGGCGCGAACGAGGACCUGCUGCGCGCGCUUCAGCAGGCGGAGGGGGACGUGGGGAAGUACCGUCGGGACGCGGAGGAGCUGUUCGAGGUGAGCGAGCAGCGCGACCGCGAGCUGAAACGGCUGCUGCGCGAGAUGGAGCAGGGGCGGACUGGCGGUAGCGCGGCUGGUGGUGGUGCCGCUGGUAGCGGGGCUGCUGCUGCAGGCGGGGUGAGCGGUGAGACGGUUGAUGCGGACGGACAUGGUGGCGGUGAUGGUAGUGGAGGAGGUGGUGGGGGUGACGGGGGAUCAAAGGCUGGUGAAACUGGAGCAAGUGCAGGAGGAGGUGGGGCAGGCGGAGGGGGAGCAAGGGCGGCGGCACUAGAAGGAGAGGUGAGGGCGCUCCAGGCGAAGCUAGCAGAGGUGGAGAGGGAGGCGCAGGAGCUGACAGCCGAGAGCCUGGAGCUGGCAGCGACGCUGACGCAGGCACAGCGAGAGGGCGAGGCAAAGGACGCUCGAGUGCGGCUGCUGGAAGCCAAGCUGGCUGCUCUUAGAGGGGAAAUGGCUGGGAGUGAAGCUGCUGAGGUGAUUGCCGCUGCUGCGGCUGCUGCUGCUGCUGCGGCGGCGGCGGCUGAAGCUGAGGCUGCUGCUGCUGGGGUGAAGCGGAGGGAGGGAGGGGAGGAGGGAGAGGGGGAGCGGGAAGGGAAGGAGGGCGGGGUGGAGGGAGCGAAGGAGAGGAUUGAGGAGCUGGAGAGAGAGGUGGAGAGGCUUAAGGGGGAGUUGGAGGCGGCGGAGGAGGAAGGGAAGAGGGUGAAGGGGAAUCUGAGGAGGGCGGAGGAGGCGAUUGCGGAGGCUGCGCGCGCGGGGAUACUGGGAGGGGACCUGCAGGCGCGGAACGCGCGCGUGAGGGAGCUGGAGGAGGAGGCGGAGGAGCUUCGGCGCGCGGCAGCCAUGGCUGCUGCUGCAGCGGCCGCGGCGGCGGCUGCUGCGGAAGGGGCUGCUGUGUCGGCAGCGGCGGGAGGCGAUGGCGACAGCGAGGGGCGAGGAGGGGAAGGGGGAGGGGGAGGGGGAGGGAUGGGAGGUGGGCUGGGCAAGAGGCAGCAGGAGGAGGUGGAUUUGCUACUGGCAGGAGUGCGGAAGGAGCUAGAGCAGCUGACAGUUGAAAAAGCAGAGGUGGAGAGGCAGCUCGCGAUGAGUGUCCGGCAGGUGAACGCGUGGCAGAGGCGGUGCGAGGAAGGCGAGGAGAGGCGGAGCGAGGCGGAGGAGAGGCUGAUGGAGGCGGUGGGGAGGAGGGAGAGGAGUGAGGAGAUGGUGGUGAAGCUGAGUGAGAGAGUGAGGGAGUUGGAGGAGAAGGUAGAGCAGGUGGAGGCGGCGAGGGGAGCAGCGGAGGCUGCGGCUGCUGCGGCGUCGGUGGCGGCUGCGGUGGCUGCGGAGGAGGCGGCUGCGGCGGAGGAGAAGAGGCUGGAGGCCGUCGCUGCUGCUGCUGCUGCCGCUGCUGCUGCUGCUGUUGCUGCUGCUUCUGCUGCGCCUGCGUUGCCGUCGCCACGCGGGGGCCGGGGAGGAGGGGCCGGGCGGGGACGGGGAGGAGGAGGGGGCGGAGGAGGAGGAGGAAGGGGCGUGGGAGGUGCUGGUUCUCAUGCCAUCGGCGGUGGUGGCGGUGGUGGUGGAGGCGGUGGCGGUGGUGGCGGAGCUAGUGGGAGACGGGCGGCGGAUUUUCGAGUGGAGGAGCUGGAGAUGCAGCUGUCGUCGCUGCGGGAGCUGCUGCAGGAGGCGACGAGCGUGAAGGUGAAGGCAGCGCGGGAGGCAGCAGCACGCGCCAAGGAGGUGGAACAGCUGACCACCGAGGUGGUGGUGCUGCGGCAGCGAGCAGAGCGCGCAGAGAGGGAGCUUAAGGGUCUGGAGGAGGAGAAGGCGGGGCGAGAGGCGAAGAUUUCGGAGCUUGGGAGAGAGGUUAUGGAGGCGAGGCUGAGGGUGAAGGGCGCGGAGGAGGAGGUGGGACGGGCGCGGGUGAUAGUUGGGGAGGCGGAGGGGAGAGCGGCGGAGGCGGAGAGGCGGUGUGGUGAGGCGGAGAAGGAGGCGCGGGAGGAGAGGGCUGCGACGGAGGCUGUUGUGGGACGGGUGGCGCAUUUGGAGGUGGUGAUGGGGCGGAUGGAGGAGGAGAGGGCGAAAGCUGUGGCUGAGAUGGUGCAGGCGGUGCGAGAAAGGGAGGAGAUGGAGGGACGGGUGAGGGAGAUGGAGGGGAGAGUGAGGGAGAUGGAGGGGAAAGUGAAGGAGAUGGAGGGGAAAGUGAGGGAGAUGGAGGAGCACGUGAGGGAAAUGGAGGAGACGGUGAAGGUGAAGGAAGGGAGAGUGAGGGAGAUGCAGGGGAAGGUGAGGGAGAUGGAGGAGAUGGUGAGGGCGAAGGAAGAGGCUGUGAGGGAGUUGGAGGGGAAGGUGAAGAAGUUGAGGGAGGAGGGCGAUGAGAGGGAGAGGAGGGUGGUGGGGUUGCAAGAGGAGGUGGGGAGGAAGGAGAAAGCAGUGGAGGAGACAGAGAAGAGAGUGAGGGAGGCGGCAGAGAGAGCGAGAGAAGCGGAGGAAAGAGGAGAGGAGCGAGCAGCGGCGUUGGAAGGGCUGGUGAGGGAGAAGGAGCAGAAAGUGCAGGAGACAGAAGAGAAGGUGGCUGCUUUGGAAGCAGAACUGGAAGAGGUGAGGGAGGAGGCAGACAGGGAGGUGGAGGAGAUGAAGGAGAUGGAAAGCCGGCUGUUUGAGCGGCUGGAGCUGCUGCUAUCGGAGAAAGAAGAGACGCUGGCGAGGGCGGUGCGGGCAGAAGAAAUGCUGGAGAACGAGCGAGCAGAGAAAGAGGCGGCAGUGGUGCGGCUACAGGGAGACCUGCUGAUGCUGAAGGAGCAGCUGGAGGUGGUGGCGCCGGCAGCGCUGCAGCAGCAGGAGCAGGACGAGCAGCAGAAGGCGGACCAGCUGCAGCGACUGCGGGAGCUCCAGGAGAAGCUGAGACAAGCAGAGGUCAAGGUUCAGCAUACAGAGGCUGGGUGGGCAGCCGAGGCGAAGGAGCUGGGGGGGAAGAUUGCGGGGUUGCAGGCGGAGAGAAACGCGUGGAAGGCGAAAGAGAUUGGGCUACUGGCGGAGCUGGAGGUGGCGAAGCAGGAGUCGGUGAGAGUGCAGGCGCUGGUGCAGGAGGUGCGGCGGGUUAGCGGGGAGAAGGCGGAGGUGGAGGCGCAGAUGCGGCAGCUGCAGUGUGUGAUUGAGGGGCUGGAGAGGGCCAAGGUGGCUCUGGAGGCGGAGAGAGGUGCUGCGCAGGCGCAGGCAGCGCUGCUGGGAGGGAAGGUGAAGGAGUGCGAGAGCCUCAAGGUGGAGUUGGCGCAGGUGAAGGCGGAGAAGGCGGGGGUGGAGGAGAGGAGGUUGGCGCUGGUGGCGAAGCUGGGGAGGAUAGAGGAGGGCAUGGAGCAGGUGGAGGAGCUGAGGGUGCGGAACGCGGUGCUCAAGGGGGAAGUGGAGGUGAUGAGCUCAAGGGUGGGGGAUAUGGAGAUGCUGAGAGCGGAGAAGGAGAGCUUGGAGAGGCAAGUGAGCGAGCUGCAGGCGCUCAUGUCGAGGCGGCAGGAGACUAGGCAGCCUGUGUUGGCAGCAACGGGUGGUGAGAAGGCGAUGUGUGGGAGCGUGGAAGCAGAGGUGGUUCAUGUCAGAGAGGGCAGUGGUGAGGCCUCGGAUGAGGUUGAUGGAGAGAGGAGCGGAAUAUCGGUGAAGGGGGACGGAAGUGAGGAGGCUUCUGCAGAGGAGUUGAAGAGCAGUGGGGAGGACGGAGAAGGAAGUGGUAUGGGGAGUGGUGGUGAUGCUGACGGAAAGAAACAGCAAGGAGGGGAGGAGGGGGGCGAAGUGGGGGCGCAAGGACUGUCAGAUGCAGAAGCAGCUGUUGGCAGAAGAUUGGCCGCUGCGGCAACUGGGGGUGCGGCGAGAGGUGGAGGUGGAGGUGGGAUCAGCAUGAGCAGGAGCUCCAGCACUUCUUCCAACAACGGCAGCAGCAGCAGUGGUGCUGCGGUUGUUGCCACACGACGAAAGGUUGUGAGGGACGCAUCUGACCCCCAUGCUCCAGGCCGAAAGGUGGUGAUUCGGCGGGUGGUGUCAUCCAGCGAUGCAUCGUCUGCUCCUGCCAAGGCAGCUUCUGGGGCAGCAGCAGAGAGCAGGGAGUCCGGUGCAAGCAGUGUGACUGGAGCCACCAAGCCCAGAGGCCGUCUCGUUCAACAGUCUGCAUCGUCACCAGCUGACAAUGGAGCAGAUCAGCCCACGGCCACGAGCACACCAACGGGGAAGGUGGUCCGGGUGGUGCGAACCCGCGGCGACGGACCGCCGAAUAAGAUCCGUCAGCCUGCUCCCGGCGCCUCGCGGAAAUAG